AUGGUGAUGACGGUGGUGGGAACGUUACGAUUGAUAUCACACAAUCGAGCACGGGAUGAAUGGUUCUCUGCCCAUUCCCUCCAUUUAUUCAGUGGCGAAGACGAGGGUCGGUCAGCGUUUCUUGACAAAGUAAAAGCGAUGCUCGCGAAAGCUGCCUGA